CAAAAACACCCACACUACCCCUUCAAUAAUCUUAAAAUUCUUUGUAAUUUGAAGAAACGGUUAACACCAAUUCCGUCAUUUAGGUUCGAAAUUCCAUCAUAAACAAACUAUCAAAACAAAGCCAAAUAAAAUCGAAAAUCCCAUCGUUUUCUCACGCUGCAAACAGAGCCUUAGGAAAUGGAGGAGAACGGCAGCAGAGCCGAAGCCAUACGCCUUCUAGGAAUCGCCGAGAAGCUUCUCCAAAACCGGGAUUUCAACGGUUCAAGAGACUUUGCAAUCUUAGCCCAAGAAACUGAACCCCUCUUGGACGGGUCAGAUCAGAUCCUAGCCGUCGUCGAAGUGCUCCUCGCCGCAGACAAAAGAAUAAACAACCACCACGAUUGGUACUCCAUCUUACAAAUCGAUCGACGAUCCGAAGACAACGAUCUCAUCAAGAAACAGUAUCGUCGCCUAGCUCUCCUUCUCCACCCCGACAAAAAUAAGUUCUCUUUCGCCGAUCACGCGUUUAAGCUCGUAGCCGAUGCAUGGGCCGUUUUAUCUGACAGCUCCAAAAAAUAUCUUUACGACAAAGAAUUGGGCUUGUUUACGAGGAUUGAUUUAAGCAGCGCCGGCGAUAGUUCGAAUCAGGCAGGGAAAUUAGCAGUCACGAGAAGAGGGAAAAAUCAGGAGAGCGUGCAAUACUGCACGCCAAAUUGGAAGACGCAAAAUGAGAAUCAAAGGUGCCACAGUUGUGAGAGAGCUUUUCAUGCGGUUUUGAUUCCGACUUUGCCGCCGUUGGUUCCGGGAAAAGAAGCAUAUUAUUGUUGCUGGGCUUUUUUUCCGUUAGGGUUUGUGUUUGGGAGUCAGGAGGGUGGAGGAAAACCGCCGACUGCGUUUCCCAAUUGGAUGCCUCCUAUGUUUCCUGGAGGCCAGCAGGGGAGUGAAAGAAAUGGAGGUAGUGUGCCAGCUCCACCACCGCCAGCAGCCGCCGCUUCCACAACCCCAGCAGCUGCUCCUACCACCGCCACUAACAAGGUGGUAGCAAGUAGGAAUAAUGUGGCGGGUGUUUCGCGUGGGAACGUGUCCGAUUUCGCCCCAAGGAAGAGAGGGAGGCCGAGGAAGAAUCCGCUGUGAGGUUUGAUCGGUAAUGCAAUAUGGUUUUUUUAGCUUUGGUUUAGAAGGAACCUAACCAUAAUGCAGGAGUUUUCGGGAUGGAGGCAGCGGGAUUUAAUGAAUGGAGAAGGAAGGAUAAGGCUGAGGCUGAACUCUGCCAUGUUGGGUGGAAUUUGUAGGUAUUGUUGUAGCUGCUGUUAAUUAUUUUGUUUGUAGAUUGUAGAUUGUUUUCAUGUACUGACUGCCACAUAAGUGAUUAUGUAACAUUAUGAUAUUUUCAGCAGUGUCAAGUCAGCAAUUUCUUUCAGUUUUGAUUUGGAGCAAUUUUUGUUGUUGCCAUUUGAUUGAAUCAAUGCAUUCUCUAGUCCUUAGGUUCUUGGACUAAAGUUGAUCUUUUCAUCUUCCUCUGUUUUGUAGGAUAAUAUGGUUAAAAUUCAACGAUGUUGGCGGUGACUUUUUCCCACAAUUGUGAAAUAGGAGAUGUUUUAGAACAUUACCAUAGUUUUGUUAUUAGCAGCAGUCCUGUUUGUUUGCUUUUUUUUUUCUCAUAUUGCAAAUUGAAAUGUUGGUUCAUUACUUACGAACUGCAAAUGAAUAUUAAUGAUGACAGCAGUGCUGGAAUAAUCUGUUUAACUUGUUUUUGUUGUGAAUUUGUCAUAUAAAUAUUAAGUUCUUACUGAUAUCUUCAACACAACUGCAGGUGUGUGUAUAUACCAUAUUUGAACUGUUGAGGAAACAGAGUUUCCUUUAGCCCAAGUUCGAGUUAUAAGAAAUCGGGUAAUAGGUAAACUGGGGAGGUUUUUAGCUCCAUAUCUAACACUUCUUGUUGCUGCAGAUAUUUGAGGAAGAAUUGACUUCAAGAGUCAUUUCAUGUUAACAGCUGUGAAACUCCAUAUGACAGAGCUAGUAAAAGCAGAUAUCCAACGGCUUUAUACGCUUGUAUUAGUUAAAUCCAUUUAGCUCCAUUUUCAGUUUCUCCUCUUAGACUUCUGUUCAGAUUUCAAGCGUAUUAGCUUGCUAAAGGAUGGCAAUGUAAUGUAUAACAAGUACUUGGUUUUAGGUAAAGUUUUUGCAGUCGUUUCUUUUUAGUGAGCUGUUGAAUGACCCAGAGAUAUGAUAUUUGGGCUGGCAGAUGUUAUACUAUCGAGGAUUUGUUGAAAAAAACAGAUAUGAAUUCCCCUGUAGACUCCAUAGUUGGCCUUGUGCUUUCUUCCUACUUUAACUGAUAACAAGGUUUUUCUGGGGAACUUGAUGAAUAUUAACUUGAAAUGAUUUGAAACAGACUCAAAGAGCCGAAGUUUAUGUGCCAGGCCAUUGAGAGAAUUAAAAUGCUGUUUCCAUCAAAGCCAAUAGAGGAUCACUCACCAGGUGCAAUCACUUGUUUUGUGCACAAUAGCAGACUAAAAUGUGGGGCCAAGCGGGAUCAAAGGUUUCACAUGUUGCUGCAGAUUCGGAAGAGCAGCGAGAGAGAAGGGUACGGUUAGGAGUAUCAAUUAGAUUGUGACUUGUGAGCAGCAGAAAUUAGGUUGACUAAUUUGAAUCGUGGCUGAUACCAGCUGCAGAAUCCAUACUUUUCCCCAAGCCCACUUACCUUUUGACGGUGCUGAGCUCCAAUUGAAGAAUAAAUUCUUGAAAUUACAUGGAAAAGAAGAAAUCGGUUAAAGAUAAAUGCAUGAGAUGUUUUUAGUGUUUGCAUUUGGACGUUUAAGUAAAAAAUUAAUAUGAAAGAAGUCGAAAAAAAAAAAAAAAAGUAUUAGUAGUAUAUGAAGGAAUUGAUAAUAUUCGGAAGUUGAGAGUUCAUGGGGCA